AUGGGCUGUCCUGGGAGAAAGUGCCUGAGAACUGGGCAUGCAAACUCUGUGGGGGAGCUGAAGUAAAGGGCUGAGGCACAAAGGUCUACAGUAGGGAUGUAGGGAAUGGAGUAGGAGGUGAAGCAUGCAGGGGGGUAUGGGAAGGGAGAUGUUAGGUCAUCUGGGAUGUGCUGUGAGGAAGGGAUGGGGGGCUUUGUUGCAGGAAAAACUGUCUUCAGGAAGGGAUGUGGAGAGGUGGAUGAAGAAGUGUGGAGUAUGAGGUGAUAUUUUCUUGUGAGACGAGUAGUUCGCAACUCAUGGCCUCCACAAUGAGGACUGCAGUGUCGUGACACCAGGGGUCUUGUGUGCCCUGGAGAUGCGAGAAUUCCCCUGGGCAGCAGGAGGCACGCGUCUAGAGAAUGCUGGAGCUGCAGGAGGGAAGCGCCCAGUGCAAACCCAGAGAGGAGCGAAGAGAAAAAAGGCAAGCAGACAGCCAGCACUGAGAGAAGCGGGCAGCAGAAAGUGCUUCGACGCUGCCUCUGGCGGCACACUCCCCAGAGGAACUUGACGAGAGCCCAUCUGCGUGUGUGUGAGACUGUGAGCUCAGGAUUUCUGUCAAUGCAUUCCAGUAACCCCAAAGUGAGGAACUCCCCGUCAGGCAACACACAGAGUAGCCCCAAAUCAAAGCAGGAGGUGAUGGUCCGUCCCCCUACAGUGAUGUCCCCGUCUGGCAACCCUCAGCUGGAUUCCAAAUUUUCCAACCAGGGCAAACAAGGGGGCUCCACCAGCCAAUCCCAGCCCUCUCCCUGUGACCCUAAAAGUGGAGGUCACCCCCCCAAAGUGCUCCCUGGCCCGGGUGGGAGCAUGGGGCUGAAGAACGGGUCUGGAAAUGGUGCCAAGGGAAAGGGGAAGAGAGAGAGGAGCAUUUCAGCAGACUCAUUUGAACAGAGGGAAGCUGGGACUCCUAAUGAUGACCCUGAAAUCAAAGACUGCAAUUCUGCUGAUCAUGUGAAGUCUCAGGAGUCUCAGCACACACCACACUCCAUGACUCCUUCAAAUGCUUCAGCCCCAAGGUCUUCCACACCUUCCCAUGGCCUGACUGCCUCUUUGGAGCCAGCAAGUGGACAGAAGACUCCAUCCAAAGUGGUUUAUGUGUUUUCUACUGAGAUGGCCAACAAGGCUGCAGAAGCUGUGCUGAAGGGACAGGUGGAAACCAUUGUGUCCUUUCAUAUCCAGAACAUCUCAAACAGCAAGGCGGAACGAAACACUGUACCCUUGAACCCUCAGAUCACUGCACUUCGGACUGAACCCAAGCCCCUGCCACAGACCCAGCCCCCUGCUGCCCAGGACCAGAACCCUCCCCAGAAUGCCAAAAUGCAGCCGACUCCACCUGUGUCAGCACCAGUAUCCAAAUCUACCGGCCCUCCGUGUCCUAUAGAUCAGGACAGUCCCAGCGUGGAAAGCAAAGUGAUGUCUGUGGGCAGCCCUGCAAACUCUACCCCCUUGCAGACAGAAGGAUUUGGGCAGAGUUCAACCCCAAAUAAUCGAGCAGUGAGUCCAGUUUCUCAAGGUAGCAAUAGCUCUGCUGCAGACCCCAAAGGUCCUCCCCAGCAGGUGUCUGGUGGGGACGCAUCCAGUUUGGGCGAGAAUCCAGAUGGACUGUCACAGGAGCAGCUGGAGCAUCGAGAGCGCUCACUGCAGACCCUGAGAGACAUACAGCGCAUGCUCUUUCCUGAUGAGAAGGAGUUUGCAGGAGGGCAAAGUGGGGGGCCACCCCCAAAUACUGGGGUGCUGGAUGGUCCCCAAAAGAAACCUGAAGGGCCGAUACAGGCCAUGAUGGCUCAAUCCCAAAGUUUAGGCAAAGGGUCAGGGUCUCGGACAGACGGAGGGGCUCCGUUUGGCCCUCAAGGACACAGGGACAUGCCUUUUUCCCCAGAUGAAAUGGGGCCACCACCAAUGAACUCCCAGUCGGGACCCAUAGGUCCAGACCACCUGGACCACAUGACUCCCGAGCAGGUGGCCUGGCUCAAGCUGCAGCAGGAGUUCUAUGAGGAGAAGAGAAGAAAGCAAGAGCAGGUGGUUGUGCAGCAGUGUUCUCUGCAGGACAUGAUGGUUCAUCAGCACGGGCCUCGUGGAGUGGUCAGAGGGCCCCCCCCUCCCUACCAGAUGACCUCUGGGGAGGGCUGGGGACCUGGGGGUCCGGAGCCCUUCCCUGAAGGCAUGAACAUGUCACACUCUCUGCCCCCCAGGGGUAUGGCCCCUCAUCCCAACGUGCCCGGGAGCCAGAUGCGCCUGCCUGGUUUUGCAGGGAUGAUGACUCCUGACAUGGAAGGCCCCAGCGUCCCAAAUCCUGCGUCCCGGCCUGGGCUUUCAGGAGUUAGUUGGCCAGACGACGUGCCAAAAAUCCCAGAUGGCCGAAGCUUCCCGCCUGGACAGGGUGUCUUCAGUGGCCCUGGCCGAGGGGAGCGGUUCCCCAACCCACAGGGCCUACCUGAGGAGCUCUAUCAGCAGCAGCUGGCUGAGAAGCAGAUGGGCCUCCCUCCUGGCCUGAACAUGGAAGGCAUCAGGCCUGGCAUGGAGAUAAACAGAAUGAUGCCCUCCCAGAGACACAUGGAGCCUGGGAACAAUCCCAUCUUCCCUCGCAUGCCGGUGGAAGGGCCGAUGAGCCCCUCCAGGGGAGACUUCCCAAAAGGAAUACCCCCCCAGAUGGCCUCUAGCAGAGAGCUGGAGUUUGGGAUGGGACCCAGCAGCAUGAAGGGGGACAUGGGUAUGAAUGUCAGCAUGGGCUCCAACCCACCCUUGGUCCCUCAGAAGCUGAGGGAGGCAGGAGUUGGGCCAGAAGAGAUGAUGAAACUGCGCCCUGGCGUGUCGGAGAUGCUUUCCUCUCAGCAGAAAAUGGUGCCACUGCCAUUUGGGGAGCACCCACAGCAGGAGUAUGGCAUGGGUCCCAGGCCUUUCCUUCCCAUGUCUCAGGGCCCAGGAGUUGGUCUCCGAAAUCUCAGAGAACAGAUUGGGCCUGACCAAAGGACUAACAACCGGCUCAGCCACAUGCCGCCACUACCUCUCAAUCCCACCAGUAACCCUAAUAGCCUCAACACUGCUCCCCCUGCGCAGCGCAGCCUUGGCCGAAAACCCUUGGAUAUCUCCACAGCUGGUCAGGUGCAUUCACCAGGAAUCAACCCCCUGAAGUCCCCCACAAUGCGCCAGGUCCAGUCUCCCAUGAUGGGAUCUCCCUCGGGGAACCUCAAGUCCCCUCAGACACCCUCCCAGCUGGCAGGAAUGCUUGCAGGCCCCACUGCCGCAGCUGCUGCUGCCUCCAUUAAGUCCCCCCCCGUCUUGGGGUCUGCUGCUGCUUCUCCUGUCCACCUCAAGUCUCCAUCUCUCCCUGCACCUUCUCCUGGAUGGACUUCGUCUCCAAAGCCUCCUUUGCAGAGCCCUGGGAUACCCCCAAACCACAAAGCGUCUCUCACCAUGUCUUCUCCAGCCAUGAUGGGAAAUGUGGAGUCUGGCGGUCCACCUCCUUCCACAGUCAGCCAGUCUGCUCCUGUGACUCUCCCUGGGAAUCUUCCCUCUAGCAGCCCUUACACAAUGCCUCCAGAGCCAACCCUUUCCCAGAAUCCUCUCUCUAUUAUGAUGUCCAGGAUGUCCAAAUUUGCCAUGCCCAGCUCUACACCGCUCUAUCAUGAUGCCAUCAAAACUGUGGCCAGCUCGGAUGAUGAUUCACCUCCAGCACGCUCCCCAAACUUGCCACCUAUGAACAGCGUACCAGGAAUGGGCAUUAAUUCUCAGAAUCCUCGAAUUUCAGGUCCAAACCCAGUGGGUCCAAUGCCAACCCUUAGCCCAAUGGGAAUGACCCAGCCUCUUUCCCAUAACAACCAGAUGCCCUCUCCAAAUGCUAUGGGACCCAAUAUACCUCCUCAUGGGGUCCCCGUGGGACCUGGCCUGAUGUCACACAACCCAAUGAUGGGGCAUGGUUCGCAGGAGUCGCCAAUGGUACCUCAAGGACGCCUGGGCUUCCCACAGGGGUUCCCUCCCGUACAGUCUCCUCCACAGCAGGUGCCAUUUCCACACAACGGGCCCAGCGGUGGACAAGGCAACUUCCCAGCGGGAAUGGGCUUCCAUGGAGAAGGACCUCUGGGGCGUCCUACCAACCUGCCCCAAAGUUCAACAGAUCCAGCACUUUGCAAGACUGGAGGCCCUGGCGGUCCAGACUCCUUCACUGUUCUUGGAAACAAUAUGCCUUCAGUUUUCACUGAUCCAGAGCUGCAGGAGGUGAUUCGUCCUGGAGCCACAGGAAUACCCGAGUUCGACCUGUCCAGGAUUAUCCCAUCGGAGAAGCCUAGCCAGACACUACAGUAUUUCCCUCGUGGGGAGGUGCCAGGCCGCAAGCAGCCUCAGGGUCCAGGGCCUGGGUUCUCCCACAUGCAAGGAAUGAUAGGAGAGCAGACCCCGAGGAUGGGACUAACGUUGCCUGGCAUGGGGGGCCCCGGACCAGUGGGAACCCCAGAUAUCCCUCUUGGGACAGCUCCGUCCAUGCCAGGUCACAACCCGAUGAGACCGCCGGCCUUCCUGCAGCAAGGCAUGAUGGGGCCGCACCACCGCAUGAUGUCACCAGCACAAACGGCGAUGCCUGGCCAGCCCACGCUAAUGAGUAACCCCGUGGCCGCUGUGGGCAUGAUCCCAGGCAAGGACCGAGCUCCCGCAGGGCUCUACAGCCACCCGGGCCCCGUUGGGUCACCUGGUAUGAUGAUGUCAAUGCAGGGCAUGAUGGGACCCCAACAAAACAUCAUGAUUCCCCCCCAGAUGAGGCCCCGAGGUAUGGCUGCUGACGUUGGCAUGGGAGGAUUUAGCCAAGGCCCUGGAAACCCAGGGAACAUGAUGUUUUAAGCUGCUACCAUAAGACUGGAUGUUCUGAUCCUUGUCAAGAUGAGAUUCCAAGUCCUGAGCGCUCUCUUGGGAGCUUUCAGGAGUACAGUUUGGCCAUGCAAUAGGUGAAAAAAGAGACCAGAGGACGCUUGGGAAAUCUCGAAUGUAUGGAAUUUUAC